UCCCUGCACCCCUCCCUACCCCGACUGCCCCAUCUGCUUCAACGCGAUCGUCCCUGCCCAGCCGACCUGGUCCUGCUCCCCCACCUUCGUCCUGCAUGACCCCGACACUGCGCCCCCUGCAGGCCACGAGCACGAGCAGGAGCGCGUGAAGUACUGCUGGACGACCUUCCACCUCAAGUGUGUUCGCUUGUGGGCCGCGAAGAGUGUCAAGGACAUCAAGGAAGCCUGGUGCAGACGUAGCGAGAGCGGCAGGAAGGACGACUAGCGCUGCCUGGGAGCUGGUUCAAGCGCGAGUCCAUCCCGCAUUGCUACUGGUGCUUCUGUGGCUCCACCCAGGACCCGAAGCCCCCAUGCCUCUCGACGCCCCACUCAUGCACGAGCCCCUGCUCGCGCUCGCACAUGUGCGGGCAUCCCUACGUGCUUGCGUGCCACCCAGGCCCAUGCCCGCCCUGCCAGGCGACGACGCAGUGCCCAUGCCACUGCGGCAAGUAGACGGUCUCCCUGCGGUGCUCCCGCACAUCUCCCUCCCCUGUGCACCUGUCCUCGACCGCCGACACCGCGCGCGUGGACCUCUCCUGCGGCCGCGCUUGCGAAAAGCGGCUCGCAUGCGGGAACCACAUCUGUGCGGAGCCAUGCCAUCCCGGCACGUGUCCGCCGUGCGCGGUGACCGAGGCGGCGCGGUGCUGGUGCGGGAAAGUGGAGAAGAGGCUUGCAUGCGGGGAGGGAAAGAAGGAGGCGUGCGCUGUAGUACGCGGAGACAGCGGGGAGGAGGAGGAGCAGUGGGUCGGGCCGUUUGAUUGUGGGAAUUCGUACGAUCG